AUGGCGGUGCCCUGGGAAGAAUAUUUUCAACUGGCCUCGCAGGAGAAGCUGCUUUCGAAGAUACCAGAGCAGAAUGGAGACCACUUCCCAUCAGUGCUGCGUCUACUGGAGAAGAGGCAAGAGCUGGUGGAUGCAGACCGGCGCCUGCGGGCCCAGAAGGAGGUGUACCAGACCACGAUGGCAGCUCUGAAACAGCGCUGGGAACAGCUGGAACAGAAGGAGCAGGAGCUAAAGGGGUCCUUUGUCCGCUUUGACAAGUUCUUGCAGGAGGCCGAGGCCCGGCGCAGCCGAGCGCUGCAGAGGGCGGCGGUGGAGCGGCUCCGGGCGGGCCGCCAGGAGGCGGAGGCGCAGCGGCUGCGGGCCCAGCUGGAGGAGCUGCGGCGGGAGCGCGCGCGGCUGCAGCGCCGGCUGGAGCGCUUGGAGCCCUGCGCGCGCCUGCUGGGACAAGCGCUGGAGCAGCUGCCCCAGUUCCAGGAGGUCCCCGAGCUGGUGGCGCGAUUUGACGGCCUGGCCGACACGCAGGCGGCGCUGAGGCUCAGGGAGCGAGAGCGGCUGGCAGAGCUGGAGGCGGCGCGGGCGCGGCUGCAGCGGCUGCGGGACGCCUGGCAGAACGAGUUGCUCUCGCAGAGCCAGCGGCGGGCGCAGUUGCAGGAGCGCCUGGAGGCGGCACGGGAGCGCACGCUGCAGUGGGAAUCCAGGUGGAUUCAGAUCCAGAACACAGCAGCUGAGAAGACGCUGCUCCUGGGACGCACUAGGAUGUCAGCACUCAACCUGUUCCAGUUAGUGUGCCAGCAUCAGAGGCAGCCGCCAGCUGUGGACAUCGAGGACACCGAGGGGCAGCUGGAACAGGUGAAACUGUUCAUCCUAGACCUCUCCGUCAUACUUGCCAGUCUUCGUCAGACCAAGCCCGCGGCCUCCGCCUCCUAG